CAUCGCCGGGGAGGCACCCCGGUGGCUAGCUAACAAUAGGCCGGGAGAGGUUGCUCAGCUCGGCUUGGGGCAGCAGGACGAAGCAACACAGGUGGCGGAGUCACUUUAGGGGCGACUUCAGACGGCGUGGCACCGUCUUGGAUCCAUAUUUCGUUCCUAUUCAACUCCCUGCGGAUUUUGACCAACCAUCAGACAAAAGACCAACAAAGAUCGGGUCACUUCCUCACAAACGUUUGAACGGCUAACGGCCGUCAACAAAGCGCACUUUGUGGCCGGGUGUGACUGUCAGCGAGUCUUCCGAUCGAGUUUCAGUGCAUGAACAGAAAAUGUGCGACAACGGGGAGGUGGAGGACAAGCCGCCGGCCCCGCCCAUGAGGAACACCAGCACGAUGAUUGGCCCGUGCGGCAAAGACCCCGCCCCCGUCAAUCACGGCUCCAAACCGCUGCCCCCCAACCCUGAGGACAAGAAAAAGAAAGACCGAUCCAUUCGCUUCAUCCUGACGGGCGGCGGUGACAAGACGUACAAAAAGAAAGAGCGGCCCGAGAUUUCUCUCCCAUCUGAUUUCGAACACACCAUCCAUGUCGGAUUUGACGCCGUCACGGGCGAGUUUACCGGCAUGCCUGAGCAGUGGGCCCGCCUCCUGCAGACGUCCAACAUCACCAAACUGGAGCAAAAGAAGAAUCCUCAGGCUGUGCUUGACGUUCUCAAGUUCUACGACUCCAAGGAAACCAGCAACAGCCAGAAAUACAUGAGCUUCACAGACAAAAGCGCAGAUGUCUUCGCAUCGUCCACCACAACGAUCUCCAAGAGCGUCUCGGAGAUGCCCGCCAUCUCCACCGUGUCGGAGGAUGAAGACGAGGACGAAGCCGAACCGCCGCCCGUCAUCGCCCCACGGCCGGAACACACUAAAUCGAUUUACACCCGCUCUGUCAUCGAGCCCCUUCCGCCUCCUCCCACCAAAGACGCCGCCACCUCCCCCAUCGUGGUGCCAACCUCCUCCGCGACGUCCGCCACAGCCGUCACCCCGCCCGGUUGCUCUGCCACGGAAGGCGCCCCGGCUCCCAGUAGCCCGCCGGGGGCCGCCCCUGCGCCCGGGCCCUCCUUGCCCCGCCCUCAGGACAAAGGACGCAAGAAGAAGAUGUCGGAUGAGGAGAUCUUGGAGAAGCUCAGGACCAUUGUGAGUGUCGGAGACCCGAAAAAGAAAUACACUCGCUUUGAGAAGAUUGGACAAGGCGCAUCCGGCACGGUUUAUACAGCCAUCGACAUCGCCACUGGACAAGAGGUGGCCAUCAAGCAGAUGAAUCUGCAACAGCAGCCUAAGAAAGAACUCAUCAUCAAUGAGAUCCUGGUCAUGAGGGAAAACAAGAACCCCAAUAUCGUCAACUACCUGGACAGUUACCUGGUUGGUGACGAGCUGUGGGUAGUGAUGGAGUACCUGGCCGGCGGCUCUUUGACUGAUGUGGUCACAGAGACUUGCAUGGAUGAAGCUCAGAUAGCAGCCGUGUGCAGAGAGUGUCUGCAAGCGUUGGAGUUCCUCCACUCCAACCAAGUCAUCCACAGAGACAUCAAGAGUGACAACAUCCUGCUCGGGAUGGACGGAUCCGUCAAACUCACCGACUUCGGCUUCUGUGCUCAGAUCACUCCAGAGCAGAGCAAACGGAGCACCAUGGUGGGCACGCCCUACUGGAUGGCUCCGGAGGUGGUGACCCGCAAAGCAUAUGGCCCUAAAGUGGACAUAUGGUCCCUCGGCAUCAUGGCCAUCGAAAUGGUGGAGGGCGAGCCGCCAUACCUCAAUGAAAACCCGCUCAGGGCACUCUAUCUGAUCGCCACCAAUGGGACGCCGGAGUUACAGAACCCUGAGAAACUGUCAGCCACCUUCAGGGACUUCCUGAAUCGAUGUCUAGAGAUGGACGUGGAGAAGAGAGGCUCGGCCAAAGAAUUGCUGCAGCACCAGUUCCUGAAGAUGGCCAAACCUCUCUCUAGCCUGACCCCGCUCAUCGUGGCCGCUAAGGAGGCGGCCAAGAACAACCGCUAACUUGCGCCUGCCAACCCUCCUUCUUCUUUUUCUCCUCCUCUUGCUCGAAACUGGACUCUCAGAGGCGGCAGGGACCAAGCCAAUGAUGUCAUUGGUGUGAUCAGUGAUGUCAUCAGCAGAGAGAAGGACUCAAUUCACUGUUUUCUAUAUGUGUGCUUGCGUGUGUAUCGUCUGCUAUCUGAAUGUCUUGUUUUUAUUUGAUCUUUUUUAAAUCAGUGUGUGUGUGUGUGUGUAUGUGUGUGUGUGGGAGAAACGGUAAUGCUGGAAUAUCAAGUGAUUGUAGCAUCGACACGGCUUAGCUUAGCUUUGCGUAGCUACGUCCGUGGUCCAAUCGGCACUGUGAGUUAGAGACGACGAUUAAUAAUAAUAGUGAAAAUAAUAACUACAACACAUGUUCUCAAACUGGGGGUCACAAGCCACAGCUCGGGACUCUUAUUUGGAAGUCUAGCCGGCCAGUAACUGAACAAACUGGUCCGAUAAGUUGUUCCUACUAUACUAAAGCUUUCUGGCAUUGUGUGCGUGGUUGAAAGAAAAAAAACAAAACUCCGUUAUAAGGUGAUCCC